AAAACAGAGGAGAUGAAGUGAAAGCAGCUUUUCUCUUCUUAAAACAGAGCACUUCCCCCCACCAACUUUUUUUUUUCUCUCUCGUACUUCUAUAUAGCCCACUCUACAUCAAUUUAUGGAACAGUGAAUCUACACUUGUUAGUGCCCUCCUAUUGUUUUCGAGAUCUGGGAUUUAACAAAAAAAAAAACUGGGAUUUUUCCAGGAAAAAAAAUGGUAUAGUGGGAUAUCUCGAUUCCGGAGAAAAUCUCAUCCGAAACUAUUUGCCGGGGAGUUCUUCCUGUACACCCUGCAGUUACAUGUUUUCGUUGAGAGAGAUGGCAAAGUUUUUGAGUGUUUUCUCAGUGAGGAACUUGCUGGUAUUGUCACUGGCUCUGAAUGUGAGCUUAGUUUUGAGGGUCUUGGUCUUACAUGAUUCUCAAAAUGGGAGCUUUAAUGGCUUCUUUUUUGAGAAGCAGAAUGGACCUCAGGAAGAGGCGCAUGCCAGCAAGAGAGCACGUCUCUCUUCCUCUGUUUCCUCCUCCUCCUCCUCCUCUUCACCUCUUACGAUGGCUCAAGGUGACCAAGAUAGAGUUAUCAAUCUUGAUCAUGGGGAUCCGACUAUGUACGAAAACUAUUGGCAAAAGAAGGGGGAUGAGACCACCAUUGUUAUUCCUGGAUGGCAGUUCAUGAGCUACUUUUCUGAUCCCACAAGCCUGUGCUGGUUCCUAGAGCCUGAAUUUGCGAAGCAAGUUGUCCGAUUGCAUAAAGUAGUGGGCAAUGCAGUCACUGAGAAUCGGCACAUUGUUGUUGGAACGGGUUCAACGCAACUCUUCCAAGCUGCCCUGUAUGCGCUGUCCCCCAAUACCGAGGCAGAACCCAUUAGUGUGGUUUCAGCAGCCCCUUACUAUUCUUCCUACCCUGUGAUUACUGACUGCCUCAGGUCCGGGCUUUACAAAUGGGCCGGUGAUGCCCGGAGCUUUAGCAAAAAUGGCCCUUACAUAGAACUUGUUACCUCCCCCAACAAUCCUGAUGGCUUCGUUAGGCACUCUAUUGUAAACAGGAGUGAGGGGAUAUUGAUACAUGAUCUUGCCUAUUACUGGCCACAAUACACGCCAAUAUCCUCUCCGGCCAACUAUGACCUGAUGCUAUUCACUGUCUCAAAGAGCACCGGUCACGCUGGGAUGCGCAUUGGGUGGGCACUUGUAAAAGAUGAAGACGUUGCAAAAAGAAUGACAAAAUACAUAGAGCUUAACACCAUUGGCGUCUCAAAGGAUUCACAGCUCAGAGCAGCCACAGUUUUGAAGGUUAUCUCUGACAGCUGUGAAAGAUCAGAUGAAGAAGGUGAUUCCUUCUUCGAGUUCAGCUAUCACCUUAUGGCCAAGAGGUGGAAGCAAUUGAGAGAGGCAGUGCAUCAGAGUGGCCUAUUUAGCGUGCCUGACUUUCCCCCCCAGUUCUGCAACUUUCUCAAUAGGGUCUUCGAGCCUCAACCUGCUUUCGCAUGGGUGAAGUGCGAAGGAGAGAUUGAAGACUGCGAAAGCUUCCUUCGAGGCAAGAAGAUCUUGACGAGGGGUGGCAAGCACUUUGGGGUUAGCCCUAAGUAUGUCCGGAUAAGCAUGUUGGAUCGAGACAACAAUUAUGACACCUUUGUAGAAAGGAUGUCUACGAUCCAAUCAUGACAUCCGAGACACCUCUGUAAGAAGAACAGGGGGGCAGAGGAAGUCAGCAAUUUUUUUGUAAAUUGGCUAACAAGUUCAAAAAUAGCUUAUUUUUCCAAUUGAUCUAUUCGAUAAAGCUAUCAAUUUCUUUGUGUGCUCUAUAAAGUUAAUCAUAUGGAGGCCUGAAUGGGCAUAAACAUGUCAAUGCUGCCAUGAAUGCUUGUAUGUCUGAUGGCCGACAGACGCAUUCAAUCGAUUUAAACCUGUGUAGGUAUCCCAAGGAACAUGAACUUAGGCCUGAA